AAAAAUGACGCUACUUCUUAAUAUCGAGCGUAAUGGCUGCUGUAGACAAAGUCGUCGAGGUAGCUGUAAGAUGAUUCAUCGUCCGAAUUGAUUAAAAUACAUUCUAGCAUCGCUCGCAGAAAACUUUGUCAGCCAGUACAGUAUCGCGCAUUUAAUGCACCUUAAUCAAGCACGUACAUUGAAUUUAAUUUCUCAAUUAAGGUUUUUAUGAAUAUUGUUUCAUAUAUUUGUUUGUAUAGAUCGGAAAAAUUUUUCACCAAACUUUGUUCAUGAAUUUACAUAAAUGACGAAAGAAGUACAGCUGGCGGAGCUAAAGCUAGUUAAAAAAGCAUCGAAAUAAUUGCAUUUAGAAAGGACAGUCAUUCUCUCGUAAUGUUACGAUAUAUAAUGUAGAUAGUAUUAAAUUUAAGUUAGUGGUUUCAUAUCCUGUAGAAACUUCUAUAUUUUAAGACUAUAUUUUUGCUAUAAGAGACGAAAGAUAGCAAAAAUUUCUAAGCGACGAAUUUUGGAAAAACCUCUCGAACAGUUUAAUUACUCCAAAUAACUUAAAAUCUUGUACGAGCAGGGAAGAAGAAGAGAUAACAUGAACGAGAAAAAUUAGAUGUCGCCAUGUGAUAUUUCAAUAUCCUCAUUUUAUUUUUCGAAUGUAAGCAGAAUUGAAAUUCGUAGUGGGGAAUAAACCUUUAGGAGAACCGUGGGUCGAUUCGUAUCUGCAGCAGCAGUGGACAGGAACGUAGGAAUAACGUAGAUGUUAGAAAUAAACACACAAGCUAUCAAGAAAAAACAUUUAAUCUAAUCUAUAUAGUAUUUUACUUGGAAUAUAAAUAUAUAACCAAAGCUCUGUGACUAUAAGCAAGCAAUGUGACCAGCUGAUAGCUAGCGUGCGCGCGCGCGUGUGUAUGUGGUGUGUGUGCGCGCGCGCGUCGUGUGGAAAGAGAGAGAGAGAAAGUUGGUGAUGUGUGUGUGUGAAUGUAUGUAUGCGCGCGCGCGGUGUGUUUGUAUGUCAUCACUAUAUAUUUUCAUAUAUGUAUUAUACCAUCAUCGUGGUUUAUGCAUAACCUAAGCUCACAAGGGCGAGCUUGAUGCAAGCAAUAGCAUAUCAGUAUUUUUGUUUCAAAAUUGAAAAUAAAUCCAUACAAACGAUGAGAGAUGCGCACCAAGGGACUGUUAUUAUUGCUAAUCUGCAUAGCAGGGAGCAGCAUCCUUUUUAUUGCUUUCAGCAAUCAACGACCUUCUAUACAAACUCUUGUUACAGAAACUCACAAACAAUUACGGAAUUUUCAGGAAAACUUGAAAGAUGUUGAAGAAAAACGAUUAGUGACAGAUUCAAAGUAUUUAGCUUUACUUGGUCUUGAUGGCCAAACAAGUACGACACCUCUAAGUCUCAAGCCUCAGAAUGUGACAGUAGUAACUCUUAUAAGGCCAGGAAGCGAACAACAUGCCUAUGGCUUUGUUAGAAAUGUCAGUCACUUUUUGCCAAAUAAUAGUAUUGUACUUUAUAGCGUUGGUCUGAAUGAAGAAUCUUUCCAAAGUAUCAAGGCUACUUGUAACUCUACAAGGUGUAAUGUGAUUCACUUCGACUUGACUCCAUUUCCAGCUCACGUAGAAGAUGAUAGAUUACACGUUUACAGACCUUUAAUUAUACAAACAGCUUUGAAUACAUUAGGUUGUAUUCUAUACAUGGAUUCAAACGUACGGUUAAAUUCAUCUGACAUUUCAAAAUAUCUCUUUCCAAAGUCAGGAGUAUUAACCUGGCCUACCAGGCACGCCAUUAGUUCUUUAACUCAUCCAAAGAUGUACGAGUAUUUUCACACAUCAGCAGAGGGUUUUUUUUUCCUUCCUCUUAUAAGAGCAUCGCAUAUAGUAAUUAGAAACACAAAAGAGAUUAGGGAAAAAGUAAUGCUACCUUGGGUUCAAUGCGCACUGACAAGAGAUUGUAUUUGCCCUAUAGGUGCCCAAUCUGCAGGUUGUCGAUUUAAUAAAAGACCACAAUAUCGUUAUUCCGGUUGCCACGCGUAUGAUACAUCCGCGUUGAAUAUCGUUCUGGGAUUAUAUUUCAAUUUUGACGAUACCUGUUACACACACCAGGAACGAGAAACAUAUUUCAAUAAGAUACAAUCCGAGGAGAUUAUAGAAGAAUAUGCUAUUAUCGCAAGACAGAACAAUGUCACAGAAUCUAACUCUAAAAGCUUUGUAUCGACCGACCGUUGAUAUUUUCGAGCGAUCUCAGUUUAUUUUAGAUUAAUAAUUUAUAUUAUUCGCUGAUCGAGCACAAUUUUAUUAAAGAAUAUAGAAAAAAAUUAGUUAUAAAACAAAGUACAGACUUUUUCAUAAAUUUUGUAGAUAACAAGUAUUAUUGUAUAAUUGGAAUGGCUUUCUUCUCUCUCUCUCUCUCUCUCUCUUUCUCUCUCUCUCUCUCUCUCUCUCUCUCUCUCUCUCUCACUCACUCUCUCUUACUCUGCUACUGCCUUUUCGAAUAGCUUUAUUAUGAAAUAAAAACGUGCGCGCGCGCACAAACAUACAUACCAAUAUCAUAAAACAAUUUAUUACAGAAUAUCAAUGUUAGUCACUAUUAACAUUAAUGCUAUGAAAAUAUGGAGAAAGUUAUUGAGAAAGACAAGUCGUUCGCCUUCAGUAUUAAUUCUCUUUACAGAAUUAAUGAAAACGACUGUACAGUACUUACGUAAUUAUUAAUGUAUUGGCACGCGAUGAUCUGUGAAGUUAAUCUACAAUAAAUGCAAAAUAGUCAUGAAUAUCGAUUAAGAUCGAAAAA